GAUGGAAUUAUGCAACGCGUGUGCACGUGCUGGAAUUGUUGGUCUAUGUAUGUGUGUGGGUCUUGACAAGUCUCACGACACACGCACCAAACGCCGGAAAUAACACAGCGCACGGCAUCCAUCCAUCCAUCGAUCCAUCUUGCCAGACUGCAGCCUGUACAGAGAGUGAUGGCGGCAUCAGACAACGAUAGAGCUACCGCACAGCCAGUAAGUACGCUACGCUACACGAGCAGCACCGCAUUGAUGCAGCCAUCCAACUCGGGAUUGUUGGUCACCUGCGCAUACUUGGCUGCAGUGCACACACACACAAGGAAGAAAAUGGCCCAACCCCGUCCAUGCUCGCUUCACCUGACUUGACUUACCCCAGACGACUUUGCCGGUUUGCGUGACGAGGCCCAAGUCGCUCACAUUCACCUCGAUGAUCGCACCUGACCCAAUCCGCACACACACACAGGCCCACACACAUCAACAGGCACCCUCAUGCACCUCCCUCCCUCCCUCCGUCUCCCUCUUCCCGACCCGACACACACCCACGCACCCUUUGUGAUGACGCCGAGCGAUGUGUAGAGGUGGCUCUGUGGGUUUUUCUUGACGCCCACAAUGUCGAGUUGGAAGGUGGUCUUGAGGUCGGGGUGCGUCACGUGGGCCUUUUUGUACCGAAGGCCGCUCGGACGGAUGUACCGCUCGUACUUGGGCGGCUUACGCGUGAACUCCUCGCCGACGUAACACGCCUUGUUGAUGACGCGCUUCCACAUCUUCUCUGAUCGAUGGAUAUAUGGACCAAAGGGAUGGAUGGCAGCAAGGGAUAAUGGAAAUGACAAAGGGGGUGAGGUGAAGGCAUGUUCUCGGUUUGUGUUGGUUUGCGUACUUUUCCUUUUGCCGGAUCUCAUGAUUUUGAACAUUUCGUCUUCGCUGAGUGCCUUGACCUUUGGGAUGGGGACCUGCCACUUGCCCGCCUUCUCCUUCCGCUUCUGCUUGAUCAUGUUGCUCAACACCUAAAUGAACAUUGCCACAUACGACACCACACACAGAGAGAGAGGGGGCGUGCACGCGUGUGGUACACACAGGUGUGUUCGUCUGCAGCACUCCUUCACCUUAGUGCGUGAGAUGUUUUCCCUGUCGAGGAGGUAAGCGGGGAUGGCGCCCUCGGGGACCUUCUCCUCCUUCUGCUUGGCGUCCUUCUCCUCGUGCAUCUUCAAUCUGACCAACCAACCACAGACACACACAACACACAUCCAGGUGGUCUAACAGAUAUGCUGUGUGUGCAUCUAUCCAUUCAUCCGUCCGUGUGGUGUACGUACGUCUUUUUCAUUUGGACUUUCUCGGCGUAUCGUUUCCUGUUGUAGAGCUUGGCCUUGAUGUCGCGCAGCCUCUGCGCUAUCUGGGACUUCUUGUGCGGCUCCCGACCCUCCUUCUUACGCCUGACACACAGACAGACAACAGACAGCCACACAAACACCACACCCGAUUCUCAUCUUGCUGCCCGCAGCUGCUGCACGACUGACUUUUUCUCGAAGUGGUCGAGGCGGUAUCCGAACCGCUUCCUGUGCUGCUCGAUGUACUCGUUCUGCGGCAUGGCGGAUGGAUGGAUAGACGAACGCGUCAGCCGCUUGCCGACACAGAUCAGCUGAGGCGACGCGACAAAGAUGGCAAUCCGUAUAGACAAAGAUGGCAAUCCGUAUAGAUUCCUCUCGGUUGUGCAGUCACCCAAGCAGCUUCACCGGGAGAGGGAGAGGCACGG